UGCUGUGGACACCAUCGCUCGUGCGUAUAGGAGUCUUAAUGCGGGUGCACGAAGGCCCCAUCGGGUGGCGGUUAGGUUGGAGCGCAGUCGAAGUGCCAGACUUUUAGCUUUAACGGCAACGUAAUUAACACGCGCCGUAAAGUUGAGUUUUCGAUCGAGAAUGACCCCGAGGUAUUUUGCCUGCGAUACGAACUUGACUCGGGCACCGUUCAUCCGGAUCAGCGGAGAACGUGCGUCAGGGCCUUUGACUAAAAGUGCCUCGGUUUUUUCCACGGGAAAACAGCUUGUUUCGCUUCCCCCACUCGAGGGCCGUAACGAGUGCUUGAUCGGCCCUGGGUUCGAUCUCGGUUCGGGAGCGGGACUUCAUCACGACCGCCUCGUCAUCAGCAUGGUAGCAUUUAGUAAAUCAUCGAAGAUGAGGUUCCAUAAGAGGCGACCCUUCGAGAUUUCCUUCGCGACUACGAUCGACUUAUGCCGAAUCACCGCUUGGUGA